UUGGAAAGCGCCUUAACGUGUAUAAAAUAUAACCUAGUUUUUAUUUAAGUUGUAGAAAAACGUGUUUAAUUUCAGUUUUAACGGUCAUUGCCUUGUGAACAUUUGUUAAUACUAUUAAGAGGUAUAUAUAAAACAAUUAUUGUCAUGUCGACCAAAUAUGAAAGAGGCCAAUUCAGUGAUGCUGAGGAGAACGAAAUACCACGACAAGAAUGUAAAGGGCAGCCUCUAUUUUGUAAUGAUCUAUCUAAAAAUAUAGAUAAAUUACAUAUAUCAAAUAAUAUGGAAGAACAAUUAGAAGAUGAUAAUGAUGUCGAUUUGGAUGAUGAUACACUUGCCUGGGAUAUAGAUGAGAGCAGGAAAGAUUUUGUAAAGAAUACUCAAACUAAAAAUUUUAACGCCCAAAAUGUUUCCCAUAAGAUUACAAAUUAUCAGCCGUCAGAUAAAUUGUUUCGUCGUUACGCAAAUAAAAUUAGUAUUGAAAAAUAUGAAGGGCCAUCAUUACCAGGACAUGCUGCCAAUCUUUUAAUUGAGAGUGGUAAACGUGCAGAAAAAGAUAGACUUAGAAAUAAAGACAAACACGAUCGUGCAACUGUUGAGCAAGUUCUGGAUCCUAGAACAAGGAUGAUAUUAUUUAAGCUUUUGAAUCAGGGCAUAAUUGCAGAAAUUAAUGGAUGUAUUUCAACAGGAAAAGAAGCUAAUGUUUAUCAUGCAACUUCGAAGACAGGAAUAGAAUUUGCAAUAAAAAUAUAUAAAACAUCAAUUUUACAAUUUAAAGAUAGGGACAAAUAUGUUACUGGUGAAUUUCGGUUUCGUCACGGAUAUUGCAGACACAAUCCGCGUAAAAUGGUACGAACGUGGGCUGAGAAAGAAUUUCGAAAUUUAACACGUCUGCACCAGGGAGGUGUUAAUGCUCCAAAACCAAUAUUAUUGCGUAGUCAUGUGCUGCUCAUGGAAUUUAUAGGUACAAAUGGUUGGCCAUCGCCAAAAUUAAAGGAUGUAGUCUUUACAUCCUCAAAACCAAGGAUAAUAUACAGAGAGUGCAUUGAGAUAAUGUGGAAAUUGUAUAAUAAAUGCAAGCUUGUUCAUGCUGACUUGAGUGAAUACAAUAUGCUGUAUCAUAAUGGAUCUAUAGUAAUAAUAGAUGUGUCUCAGGCGGUUGAACAUGAUCACCCUAUGGCAUUUGAGUUUCUUAGAAAGGACUGUACAAAUAUAACUGAAUUUUUUAAGAAGAAUGAAGUAGGUGUGAUGAAUGUCAGGGCAUUAUUUGACUUCAUAACAGAUCCAACAGUAACAGAAGAGAAUAUGGAUAGUUAUUUAGACAAAAUAUCAGAGCAAAUGGUACAAAGUAAUGACCAAGAGAUUGAUCCUACACAGCAAAUCGAAGAACAAGUAUUUAAACAAGCAUAUAUUCCGCAAAAUUUAGCUCAGGUCAUUGAUAUUGAACGUGAUAUAAAACUUGCUAAAUCUGGAAAGCAAGACUUGAUAUAUAAAACCCUUGUUGGUUUAAAAGCAGACUUGUCCAAGCCUCUUAAUACUCCGGAAAUUCUCAGCAAAGAAACCAACAAUGACGAGGAAAAGUCCGAUCUUUCAGAAGAGAUCGAUAAUUCCGAAGAGGAUGAUGAAGACACCCAAGAAGAAAACACAGAAGAAAGCAAAACAAAAUUUGUGAUUUCGACUCGGCCACGACGUGAGAGCCCAGAAAGCAAAAAAGCACGGAAGAAGGCAAUAAAGGAACAGCAAGCAGAAAAAAGGAAAAGUAAAAUAAAGAAACAUAUCAAAAAACGAAAAGAGAAGGUUCUAAAGAAAAAGUAAUAGUUCUUAUUAUUAGGACAGAAAUAUUUUUAAACAUGUAAUAAAAACAGAUUGUAAAGAGUAAUAUUUAAUUUGUUUUUCUGUAUUUAAUAAAGUAUCUUUUCCUUACA